UCCGGUCCCUGCAUGGCAGCGGGAUUGCUAGGGAGACGAGGGAAUCCCCGGGUGUCGCCUCACUCCUGAUCAAUUUGCAUCAGCGGUUCCAUGCUUGGUUGUCUGUCUCAGUCUGUCUGUUCCAUUCGCUGCGUCCACAAGCAUGGCUUGGAGUGAAGUGUAGCGCAACAUCAUCUCGGAUUGUCAACCGGUGUAAAAUAGGCUACGUAACCCAUGCUGAAACAACCCGUGUAUUUUACAGAAUAAAUUCAUCAGAAGAACCACGUAUAUUUUCAUUGAUGAGGCAACCACCAAGUGACUUCGAUAAUAUGGCAUUGAGCGGGACGCUUUUGCCAUCCAUAUCCACAUUUGCAAGCGGCCCGACUGUCAAGAAUAAAUCCACGGGACAUGCGAAUUUGAGAUGGAAGGAGGAGCUGUCCCACCUGAAGAGGAGCGGCUGUUCUGACCAGGACAUCUCCACUGGAAUGGCCAAGAAAGAACCUGAAGAGCUGGACCUAUUGGACUAUGACUUUAUCCUGUCCAACACUAUGCUACAACAGCAGCAGCAGGCUGAGGCUAUGGCAACGAGCGGGUCCCAGAACCUGUCCCCUUCCCCGGGAUCCUACUCCUCCUACCAGCUCCCCUCUCCCCAGGACUCUGCUCACAGUGACAUGCUGUACACUAUCCCUGACAUCAACGACGUGUCCCCCUCUGGGGGGUUCGUGGCGGAGUUGAUGAGACCUGAACUGGACACGGCGUACCUCCAUCCCACCAGCCUGCAUGGCAAGUUUGUGGUGAAGUCCACCAUGGAUAUGGCAGAGGUUGACCACAGCAUUAAUGUGAGUAGUAAAGCUGGUGUGGGCGCCGCCACGGACCCCUCCUCCUCGUUGCCCUUUAUUUGCCAUAGGAUAAAGCAGGAGAACCCCAGCACGUGCACCAUCACCCGACCCAUGGACCUCCAACUAGGGGUGGUGAACUCACACUCCCAGCCCAGGGCUGGUCAGAGGCCCCGCCUCGACCCCCACUGCUUCCCCCCAGGGGGGCGCCCUAUGACUGCCAGCCGAUCAGCCUCAUCUCUGUCUCCGGACCACACACUGGCCAGGGACCACCACCCCUCCAGCCAGGUGUUAACCCACGCCCAAAUCCCGCUGCCCGGUCCGGGCUACCACCACACCUCUCCGACAGGCUACUCUCCCUUCCCACAGCAGCAUGGGUCUCUACAGUACCAAGAGCUCAUGUCCCCCGGUGGCGACAGUCUACCAGAGGAGCCCAAACCCAAACGCGGCCGGCGCUCAUGGCCUAGGAAGAGAAUUGCCACACACACGUGUGACUAUGCCGGCUGUGGAAAAACCUAUACCAAGAGCUCUCACCUCAAGGCACAUCACAGAACGCACACAGGAGAGAAGCCUUAUCACUGUGACUGGGUGGGCUGCGGCUGGAAGUUUGCCCGUUCGGAUGAGCUCACACGGCACUACAGGAAACACACCGGGCAUCGCCCGUUCCAGUGUGCCAAGUGUGACAGGGCCUUCUCAAGGUCCGACCACCUGGCACUACACAUGAAGAGACACCUAUGAGACAGGGCCUUCUCAAGGUCCGACCACCCGGCACUACACAUGAAGAGACACCUACGGACUCACUGGACGCCACCGAGACCAAGACUUAAAGACUAAAGAUAUUAUUACAGAGACCGACCUGAACUUGUAACUUUGAAAACCAAACAUUGCCUUCUAGCCAUUGUCAAAGCAUCAAGACAAGCCGUGCGAUUCACGGCAAAGAGUGUUACACUCGCUAGGUUCAAACCCUAUGACUAAAGACUGUUCUUUGUCCAUCUAUUAGUGAUCAGCGAUGAACCAAAAUGGUGGUUAUUUUUCGUUUUUUUUAAACAUUCUAAUUGCUCAAUGCACACAUUGCACAGUUUCUCUCGAGAAGAAAUCAGAUCAAGCCCAAACUACGUGAUGUAGUAGGGAGUUGUAGUUUCCAACAGGACAAUAUUCUGCAUAGUUUAGAGCAGAAAACGUGGUCAUUAACUACAAUGACCACAAUCUAUUGCGCGCCUACUUGUCCGGUCUGUGUGUUUCUUUUACGCCUGUCGCGUUAGGUGUGGGGGGCAGACACGGAAAGAGAAAGAAGAGACGGAAGAAUAUGCGAUGGAGAGGGAUAGAGAGCAAUUGCUUCUCUACCUGAAAAGACAUGAUCUAAGUCAGGGGUGUCAAACUCAUUCCAUUGAGGGUAGUGUCUGCUGAUUUUUGGUUUUGCCUUUCACUUCAGACCUAAACAACCAGGUGAGGGAGUUCCUUACUAAUCAGUGAGCUUAAUUCAUCAAUCAAACACAAGGGAGGAGCGAAAACCCGCAGUCACUCUGCCCUCAGUAGAAUGAGUUUGACACGUGAUCUAAGUCAUUGGUAGUUGGUAUUCAGCAGUCAUGAAAUAAUGCCUCGUUGAGUUUAAAUAACUAUAACAAUAGUGAUUUUGACAGACGGAAUAGGCAGCAGCUCUAUAGAGAUGAGAUCAUGACUUGGAAUGAAGUAAUAAAGUCAUCAACAACAAAACAAAUAUGAAAUUCACAGCGACUAAAAUAUUUUAUUAAAGUAGAGUGAACAAAUGAUGGUUAAUACGUGAUAAAAAAAGUAAUGGGCAGUCACUGCUAUCAUGAGACUUUUUUAAAUAGUUUUAUUCAAACCACAUAAUUCAUAACAUAAAAAAUAAACAAUCAAAACCAAAAUCGAAAACCCUAAUUAUAAAAAAAAAAUGUUUUUAACCCGAAACCGAACUGACCUCAAAUAGCACUAAUUGCUCAGCACUACCAUAAAUGGGAUCGUGAUAUGACGUUUUGACAAGAGCCCUCAGAACAACCUCCUUUGUGGGACAAAACUGGAAUUUACCAUCUAGGCUAUUUAUCGACAAAACUUGGAGGACCAGGUGCCAACGUAUGACUGGAAAUGUAUUAGUUAUCAGGGAAACAAGACUCGGACAGACAGAACACAUCCUAAGAGGCCUUCGAUCCAUUCUAUCAGCCAAGUUGUUUGUCGAAUUCAUACUGUUCAACAUACCGUAUUAGACAUUUAUAUUUAUAUUACUCUUCCAAGCCAUUCAUUACAGGUACAAAUUAAUUGAUAUGUUACAGGAAAGUGCUCAAAGACUAUUAAGUGUAUUUAAAGGUACCAAAGAUUUUAUUUUAAAGAAAACAGAUAAAAAAAGAGUAUCAAGUAUCA